CUGCCAACUCUUCACCGCUGGCCAAUGCUCUGCUACGUUCGAGUGGCAAUGUACUACACACCUAGAUCAAUGAUUUGGCCUAUUAUAUGACGGAAAUGAUUUUCUUGCAUGUUCACUUUUUAAGAUAAAAUUUCUCCUGUGAAUCAGCAAACCCGCAAGUUCCUCCAGAAAUGACAAUCCUCGAAAGUCCCUAAUAUAGAUAUGAGACGACAGGGCUACAACCAUGAAUGCCAAUCCUGAAGGAACCACACCUCAAAUCAUCAUAGAUCAUGUUACUAGAGAACUGGAUAAAUACCGCAUACGUCGAAAACAGGGCUAUUCAUCUGUCCACGCUCUUCUUCUUUCUUGGGAAGAAGGUGACGCUACUUUCGGCGAAAAUGUCCGUGAUGUUGCACUACUAUUUCAAGAAAGCUUGAAUUAUCUAGUGCUACCAUACAAAAUCCCUUCUGACGACUCACAGAGACGCCUCAACCUUUACGUUGCGCAGUUCCUUUCUCAAUAUGGGGGUGGAGAUAACCUCAUAGUAGUAUACUAUGCAGGACAUGGGGCACCUUCUCCUUCAAAGUUAUCAGAUUGUCAAUGGGCAGCUCUCGGAGAAGGUGGCCCGAUGCUGGACUGGUCUUCUAUCCAACCCCAAUUCCUGGGUGCUGACUGCGACGUCGUAAUGUUUCUCGACUGUUGCUAUGCUGGACAAGCCGCUCGAGCUAGAACAUCUCACCGUGUGGAACUACUUGCCUCUACCGAUAAAGACCAGUUCACCCCAAUAGGGGGCACAAAAGAACGCCCUUCAUUCACAAAUGUUCUCAUAAGAGAGAUGAAAAGGAUGUUGAAAGACUUCGGUGCUAUCACCCUUCCCAUGCUCGAAAAGUCCAUGGCUACAGCCAAGUCAGGGCUCGUCAAGCAGCCAUUUUAUGUCCCUCUUUCGAGCUAUGAUCCCAAGGACGUCGUGACCGCGAUUCGCCUCACUAGAUGGGAGCACAUAGAUAACCUUAGAACCCAUCUUGAUGCCGCAGAAUUGGACACCGAAAGAGCUUUCUUUGAGCUUCGAUUUCGACUUACGCAUAAUACCAAUCUGGACUUGACCACAGGCUUGGUCGAUUGGGUGACGAAAAAUUCACCAACAUUCAUCGAUGAUAUUGAAAUCGUGAAGGGAGUUCUUUCCGAUGCCCGGGCAGCCAGAAAUAUGGCCACUCAACUGAUACAGCCUGUUGACUUUGAUGGGCCAUCUCCAACUCAUAUAUCCUUGCCUAGUCCUGCCCAACAGAGGGUUUUCAAGCUUCUAGAAGAAUUAAACCAGGCAAUACUUAUGCCAACACGGAAGGUUAUGGGGGAUAUCGAAGCAGUCAAGGCUUUCCACAAUAUCCGCCAGAAAGCUAAUGAAGUUUCGGAGUUUAUCAAGAGCUGCCUGACUAGCCUAGACGAAGAGUCAUGUGAGAUCUUGCGCAGACAGGAAUUUUCCUGCAUGAAAGAUCUUGGAGAUCAGAUUUCCAUGCGCCUUACUCUCCUCCAAAAUGAUACACGCCUUAGCCAGAUACGUGUGAAUUUCGAGAACUCAAAGCCAUCCAGAGAACGCAUCAGAAUAGGCCAAAUCGAGGCCUGCCGUCCGGUUCUUGUUGAGUACUUUUCCUAUGAUGCCCGAAAGCCAGAAAGCUAUGCCAAAGCCUCUAAGCAGGUGGCCAAGGUAUCCGCACUUCUAUCGCACCCUAAGGAUCCGGCGUUCCGAACACUCCCUGGCAUUGGGUUUACGCAUGACACUAUCCAUGGUCCUCAAUUUGGACUAGUGUAUGACUUGUCUCAUAAUCGAGAUAAUCCGCACUUCUGUUUUCUUUCGGACGUGAUCAAGAAGAUAAAGUUUAUGCCUCUGGAUGUUCGAUGUCGCUUGUCGUUGGCCUUGUGUGAAGCAGUGAUGCGUUUGCAUUCAAUAGGUUGGUUCCACAAGGGCAUAAAGAGCGAAAAUGUCCUUAUAUUCUCUUCGAACCCUUUAGGGCAACUUGGAGAAUCACCCCAGGACCUUGAAUGUCCAUAUCUCAUUGGAUUCGAUUGCUCUAGGCCGGAGGAUGCCGAAACAUGGGCUACAGAGGAUUUCAAUACUGCAGCCAACAUCUACAGACAUCCGGAUAGAUGGGGAAAUCCAUCACGGUUUGAACGGCAUCAUGACUUGUAUGCAUUGGGUGUGCUAUUGAUAGAGAUUGGAUACUGGAAAGUACUCCCCAGUAUGCUACGUGGAGGAGUUGGUGCCGUGAAAGAUCGUGAGACGGUUCGUGAGUCUAUACUCGAGAUAGCUGCCCCUAAUGGUCGAUUAUCACAUGCUACCGGGGCGUACUAUGCUAGUGCCGCCUAUAGCUGUCUAGAAUCGGCAGGUUGGAGAAGACACCAGGGUUGGGAAUACCAUGACAUCAUACGCAGCAAGAUAUGGGCACCUCUAAAUGCUUCUUGUUCAACCAGGAGGCUGGAAUGACAGGGUAAAUCAAUGAACUAACACUAGAUAUCUACCUUUCUUGGAUCAUAUUGAACCCUCCCAUAUGCAAGUACUUGGUAGACUAGGGAUGCAUCUUAUUUAACUACUUGGAAGAUGCCCCUUGACUGUUGCUUCCUAGAAAGACUGAAGUCGGAAUAGCGGCAUACCUGCGUGACUAUAUAUCAGAAAAACAUGAAAAGAGUUUGGUUCUCGUAGGGGAAGUUACGUCAGGAGGGCUAUCAACAGAUUGUAUUUUGUUGCAUUUGUGGUAAUCAUGACAACAAAUGAGGUAGAAAUAAUAAAGAGGGAGUAAACGAUCGCCUUGCUUGAAUUAUGUGACAUGUUAUUAAGAAUAAUGACAUGAAAUAUCAUCCAAACUGGCAGUAUCAAUGCUAUAAGACAUCUGAUAGCAGUCCUGAGGUGUGA